CCGAGGCUCCCGCAGCCGCGGCAGGACCGGCCAGCGGCGCCAUGGAGGGGAGCCCCAUCCCGGUGCUGACGGUGCCCACGGCGCCCUACGAGGACCAGCGGCCGGCCGGCGGGGGCGGGCUGCGGCGGCCCACAGGGCUCUUCGAGGGGCAGCGCAACUACCUGCCCAACUUCAUCCAGAGCGUGCUGUCGUCCAUCGACCUGCGCGACCGCCAGGGUUGCACCAUGGUGGUGGGCAGCGACGGCAGGUACUUCAGCAGGACGGCCACCGAGAUCGUGGUGCAGAUGGCUGCGGCCAAUGGGAUCGGACGACUGAUUAUCGGGCAGAAUGGCAUCUUGUCGACACCUGCAGUCUCCUGCAUUAUCAGGAAGAUCAAGGCAGCUGGUGGAAUCAUCCUCACGGCCAGCCACUGUCCUGGAGGACCAGGGGGAGAGUUUGGAGUGAAGUUUAAUGUUGCUAAUGGAGGUCCUGCACCAGAUGCUGUCUCAGAUAAAAUCUACCAGAUCAGCAAAACAAUUGAGGAGUAUGCCAUAUGUCCUGAUCUUCGAAUCGACCUGUCUCGACUAGGAAGACAAGAAUUUGACCUGGAGAACAAGUUCAAACCAUUCAGAGUGGAGAUUGUGGACCCUGUUGACAUCUAUCUCAACCUUCUCCGGACCAUCUUUGACUUCAAUGCCAUCAAGAGUUUGCUGACUGGGCCUAGCCAGCUGAAGAUCCGAGUUGAUGCCAUGCAUGGAGUUAUGGGACCCUAUGUGAGAAAAGUUCUGUGUGAUGAACUGGGAGCCCCGGCCAACUCUGCUAUAAACUGUGUCCCACUAGAAGACUUUGGAGGGCAGCACCCAGACCCAAACCUGACCUAUGCAACCACCCUUCUGGAAGCCAUGAAAGGGGGAGAAUAUGGAUUUGGAGCUGCAUUUGAUGCUGAUGGGGACCGUUAUAUGAUCCUUGGCCAAAAUGGCUUCUUUGUGAGUCCCUCAGAUUCCCUGGCCAUCAUCGCCGCCAACCUCUCUUGCAUUCCGUAUUUCCGUCAAAUGGGCGUUCGAGGGUUCGGGAGAAGUAUGCCAACCAGCAUGGCUCUGGACAGAGUGGCUAAGUCAAUGAAGGUCCCUGUGUAUGAGACCCCUGCUGGAUGGAGAUUCUUCUCAAAUCUGAUGGACUCCGGACGAUGCUCUCUGUGUGGAGAAGAGAGCUUUGGCACUGGAUCUGAUCACCUCCGAGAGAAAGAUGGCCUCUGGGCUGUCUUGGUCUGGCUGUCCAUUAUUGCUGCCCGGAAGCAGAGUGUGGAGGAAAUUGUUAGAGAUCAUUGGGCCAAAUAUGGCCGCCACUACUACUGCAGGUUUGACUAUGAGGGACUGGAGCCCAAGGCGACCUAUUACAUCAUGCGGGACCUGGAGGCUCUGGUUACAGACAAGUCCUUCAUCGGCCAGCAGUUUGCCGUGGGGAGCCACAUUUACAGUGUUGCAAAGACAGACAGCUUUGAAUAUGUGGACCCCGUGGAUGGCACCGUGACCAAGAAACAGGGCCUGAGGAUCAUUUUCUCGGAUGCGUCACGGCUCAUCUUCCGGCUCAGUUCCUCCAGUGGUGUGCGGGCUACCAUCAGACUGUAUGCAGAGAGCUACGAGAGGGAUCCCAGCGGUCACGACCAGGAACCACAGGCGGUGCUGAGCCCUCUCAUAGCCAUAGCACUGAAAAUAUCCCAGAUUCACGAGAGAACUGGCCGGAGGGGCCCCACCGUCAUCACCUGAGCACAGGACAGAAGAGCACCAAGACAGACGACGCUUCACUGGGCCUUCUUGCUUCCUGUUUGUGCCUCUUAGGACUUUGGAAAAACAAAAGCUAUUUUGCUGUUGGGGGGGGGGGUCGGGUAAAAGAUGAAGUGAGGGUGGGAAGUGGGGUAAGCACCCCUUUUGUUUGGAUUUGUUCAGUCCCUCCAAAUGCAGCAGGGUUUUUUAGCUAUCUGUCAAUGCUUCACUGUUGUUUAAUAUCUAUAUUUCAUCACACCAACAAGCUUCCCCUUUGGAGAAAGAUGGGUGUGCUAGGAAAACUAUUAAUCAGAGCCCCUGUGUAUUUCUGGUGUCUUGUGUGAGAGAGAGAUCCAGAAUUGGACUGACUCUAUAUUCUAAGGGCUUUGGGCAGGCAGAAGACCUCACCAACAUGAAGGUGGUCUCAACUUUGCACCCCUCAUCAGAUUUACAACAGAAAGGUUUAGAACUUCUAGGACGCACCCCUCUCCCACCAACCACCCAACGGUCCAUUUUCCCUAGCCUCCCACCAUGUCUACACUGCCUCUCUCACAUCUUCUGGAGUUUUCUGUAAACCACAAUGGCACACAUCCAACAAGACAUAUAAAAGGGUGUUUUCCUCUCUUGUUUUGCAUAUAGUAUUAAUUUAGCUACCAAGCCGGCUGCACCCUUCUGAACGUUCUGAAUGUAGCCAUUUCCUGUGCAGGUGGGGGAGGAUUUUCUGGAAAAGACUGAAAAAUGAGGGGGAAGCUUUCUUGAUUAUGUCACAGACGUCCAUACAUAAGUUUGUAUAAAUCCUCCCAGGGAGAAUACCACCGUGGCUUCUGAUCUCGUUCACAGUGGCUGGAUAAAGGAGACCAGAAGGGCCUGAAAUAAUUAGUGGGAGAGUCCUGGGCCCUACGAGACCGAGAGGUGGGUUGUCACAACUGGCUUUCUUUGCCUGGAAGGAAAAGGGACCUGGCAGCUCCGGCCGCACGUGGACUGGGGCAGAGUCCUCCGUCGUCGGGCACAGGAUGUGUUUGCUUGUGUUUGGCUUCCUUGGGAACUGCAGGUUCACUUAUCGCGUCAUUGGUGAAGCUGACCUAGUGCCCUUUGGCAGUUGCUGCCAAAGCAAGGCGAGGCUGCUGCCGUCAAGGUCAGUGCCACAAGGAAACCUUCCCAGAAAGGGGUUUGUUUCCAUUUUCUCUCUGUGCAUCUGUCAGAAACUUGCUAGCCAAUAAAACGGAACUUCCUUAUUUCACCCUCCA